CAGUCUAAACGCGACGCCGUUCAAAACGGUUGCUUUGAAAAAUGUUUUAAAUAAGUCUAUCAAACGUUGUUAUGAUUUAAUUGUAGUUGAAUAACAGUUAUUAUAAAUAGCAGUUGUAAAUAUGUAUGUAAUGCAAGUAUAGUUCAGUGAUUGUAACGCGACUUCGUGACAUGUGUUCGAGGGUACAGUUUUGAAAUAGUUUAGUGUACGGAUGUUGUAAAGUUGCAAAAAGUGUUCGAGAAAACGGAAAUUUUAUUUGAACGUUAUAUGUUAGGUUCACGAGAUGUCGCUAGCCGACGUGAGGUCGGCGCGCAGUUCGCCCGCUCCGGAUGCCUGCCCAGAAUGCGAUACUAGCGCCUCAGUUACAUCAGAUUUGCAUAAGUACCAAGUGGCGUGUACAUGCAAGCCAUCGAAUGCGCAGUACGCAUGUGCGGACGACCCAGGCCCCCCGCCGCCCGCGAAGACGGACACCCCACCCGCCUUACCCCCGCGACCGCCUACAAGUGUACUUGCUGCCACCAACAGACGGACCAAUGCGUCAGUGGGCUGCAAUGGUACUGACAACUCCUGCAGGCGUCGUAAGUACGCGUGGUGGUGCGUUGGUUGCGGUGCUUGGUGCUAA